UGUCAGCGUUACAUCACAGCAGAGUUCAGUUCUGCUGACCCGCUCACUGGUUCCCGGAGGUCUGUCCUCCCUCCACUCUGGGUGUACGUGUUCACACCACAGAUGAUGUAGGCGCCUCAGUCCAAAGCGAGGCUUCGGGUUCGGCGCCUCCACUUCCUCUGCUAUGAGAACGGCUGCGCUGCUGUCGGCGUUCUCUCCUGCAGGGCAGGCUGUGGUGUGUGCAGUGUGAAACUGUGUGGGCGUGUGACCCGUGUGAACCGUGUGAACCACUUUAAUGCAUCGCAACGAUUCUGUAACUGAGAAAUUAGAAUUAGGAUCAAACCUCACUGAUGUGAAGUGUUCCACUGUUGAACAGACAUGUUGGAGGGUUCGAUUCUCUGCCUUCUUCUGGAACAAUGCUUUUCUGUUUGGCCGUGUCUGCUGAACUCUGGUCUCCUCUCCUGGUAAACCAGGAACCAUGUGGGGAGGCCGCCUCAAAUCCUUGAAUCUUCUCCCAGUCCCCCUCCUCCGCCCCUCCCAUCAUCAUAGCAGGUCUCACUACCAUCCUGUGUCACAGCUGGUUCAAGCUGGAAUGAUCUGCCUCCAGCAGAGGACCAAUCAGCUCACAGGAUCACUCCUUCACCGACCACUAGGGUUAGGGUGUCACUUCACUUCACUUCACUUCCUGCUGCUGUCAGUAUCAGUGCCAGCGUCUCAGGUUCUGGUCCUGGUUCUGGUCCACACCGUCCCAGAGUUCUGUCUUAGACCAGCUGAAGGACCAUGUGACUGUGUGCAGGUGUUCUCCAGGCCCUACACACCGGACGCCGAUGGGACCUGUCGUCAGCCGCUGACAGAGUACGUGGUGGAUGAUUACAACCUGUGCUGCAGUAAAUGCCCCCCAGGACACCGUCUGGUCCAGGAGUGCUCCAUCACCACAGACACUCAGUGUAAACCGUGUGAAGCCCAACAGUUCAUGGAGUCCUGGAACUACGCUUCAAACUGCUUCUCCUGUCAGAAGUGUAAACCCAAGAAAGGACUCCAGCUGGUCCAGAACUGCUCCUCGACCUCCAGGUCCACCUGUUCCUGCCAACCUGGGAUGUACUGCCUGCUGGGGUUUGACCAUCCGUACUGCACUGAAUGUAGAAAGUACACGCACUGUGGAGUUGGUUAUGGAGUACACGUACCAGGGACAGCGAACUCAGACGUGAAGUGCAGAAAGUGCCCUGAUGGAACGUUCUCUGACACAAACUCCUACACUGACCCCUGCUGGCCGCACACAGACUGUCACGGGGGGGCCGUGAUUAGACACGGUGAUUCGACCUCAGACGCAGUGUGUGAACCCCCCCCCCUUUCCCACAGCACUGGCUUUGUGUUCACCACUGCAUCUACAAUGAGGGGCGCAGUCUCAGCAGUGUCCAACAGCACACUGUCUGUUGGGACAUCUGUCUCCAAGGACGUGGACAGCCCUGCAGCAAGAAGCCCCCCCCCCACUGACUCUGGCGUUAAACUAGCUGCUGUCGUUGCUGGAGUCGUUGGACUCCUGGUGUUUUUCAUCAUUCUGCUCCUGCUCUUCUUCUUCAAGACAAUCUGGAGGAAAGACGCUGCAGGAGUUCAUCCUAAACUGGAUGCAAACGGAAACUGUGAGAGUGGAGACAAACUGAUUGGUCCACACUGUCUGGGUGACAUUAAGAUGAGUUCCUUCACAGUCACUGAGCAGGAACAACAGGGUCUUCUGGAUGAAGCAGGGGUCUCCAGUCUCUUCAGUCAGACCAGUAACAAAGGUGAACCGUUGACUGACACACACCAGUCCAUCAGCUCUUCACAGUCCACUGCACUGUUUAACAAUUCCUGCUCCGCUCGGUCCGAGCCCUCGACUCUGAUGUCCACCACAGAGUGUACCACAACCCAGUCCAGUGCCCCCUCCCAGUCCAGUGACCACUCCCAGUCCAGUGACCACUCCCAGUCCCGUGCCCCCUCCCAGUCCAGUGCCCCCUCCCAGUCCAGUGCCCACUCCCAGUCCAGUGCCCCCUCCCAGUCCAGUGCCCCCUCCCAGCCUACCAGCCCCCAGAUCAUCACCCCUGUGACCACCAGUCCUCAUGUGAACGUCAACAUCACCUUUCACAUAGGUAAUGGUUCUUUCAUACCACAUGCAGAGCAGGACUGUCAGUUACCCCUCAGGGAGGAGGGAGACUCCUACAGCUUUCCACAGCAGGAAGAUGGCAAACAGUUACAGGUUUCCACUCUGGACACUAGGGGGUAUGAAGGGUCCGUUCAUGAAGUUAAAAUGGAAGAUUAAACCCAACCAGACCGGCUAAAAGUCAGAGACUGAGUUAAAGAUAAAUGUUGUUACAUUAAUGUAUGUAUGUGUAAAUGUUUGUAUAUUCCAGAAAAAUACAUGUAAAUACUGUGCAUUAAGUUAAUGAACUUUGUGAUAUUGUAAAGUAUGUAAAAAUCUACAUUUUAUAUUUUACCAUUUUCUAAUUAUUGUUUUAUUUCUAAAUGUUUUUGAAAAAUAUUUAAAAAAUGUUUAACGUUUAAAACAUUUUUGGGAUGCCAACAUGUACAUUCUAGGUGUUUGUUUUUUUUAAUCUGUCACGCAAUAUUUGAUGCAGCUUUGUUAAUAAUGUAAUAUAUUGUAACCUUUUUUUACCAUCUCAAAAAAUAUUUUUUUAAAAACUUGAAGGUUUGUUUUUGUCAGGAAAUCAUUAUAGCUUGACAUUGUUUAAGUUAUAUAUCCAAAGAACCUUUACUUCAUAUACUUGACUUUUUAGUAACUGAGUAACAAACACAGUUAAAUUGGCCAUUUGGACACUUCUUUGUUUGUCUUCUUUGUCUUCUUUGUUUGCUGGUUAACAUGUUUAUAGUUCAAUUACACAAGGAUGUUGUUUAACAUCACUUAAAACAAUUUUUCAUCCCGUAUUUGUCGUUUUAUAAAAUUAAAUAUGAGGUGUUCACAAA